CUUCCGGUGAAAAUGGAUCUGAUGUUGAUAUUUUCCUUAACAUGUGUCGCUAUUUUCAUCAUUAUUUUACUGGGUUUAGUGAUGCUACUUGUUACAAGUGAAACCUAUCCAAAUCUUGGAAGAUUUGACAGUGAGAAAGUUUUUACUGAUCCUAAAAAAGAUGGAAAGGAAGAAUUCCCAAGUAUUCAUGAUCCUCCCAGUGUAGAUUUGUCUGUUAUUGUACCUGCCUACAAUGAGCAAGACAGAUUACCCACAAUGAUGGAUGAAGCUUUGGAGUAUUUAGAAAAGAGACAAACAGAGUCACCAUCAUUUACAUAUGAAAUCAUCAUUGUUGAUGAUGGUAGUUCAGAUAAAACUUCAGAAACAGGUUUGACUUAUUCCAAGAAGUGCGGUACAGAUAAAGUUAGAGUUCUAACAUUAGAGAAAAACAGAGGCAAAGGUGGAGCCAUUAGAUUGGGUAUGUUUGUAGCUAGGGGUAAACUAUUAUUAUUUGCUGAUGCUGAUGGAGCCAGUCAGUUCAGUGAUUUUAGAAAGUUAGAAGUAGAAAUGAAGAAAAUAAAUAAAAAACCAGACAAUUUAGCUGUUGUUUGUGGUUCUAGAGCUCAUUUAGAGGAAGAUUCUAUAGCACAGAGAUCCUUUUUCCGUACGAUAUUAAUGAAAGGAUUCCAUUUUGUUGUAUGGUUUCUAUGUGUUCGAGGUAUAAAAGACACACAAUGUGGAUUUAAGUUAUUGACAAGAGAGGCAGCCAUUUUAUUAUUUUCAAAUUUACAUGUAGAGAGAUGGGCAUUUGAUGUAGAUAUGUUAUAUUUAGCACAAUAUUUUAGUAUACCAAUAGCUGAAGUAGCAAUAGUGUGGCAAGAAAUAGAAGGUUCUAAGAUGAUUCCAGUAUGGAGUUGGUUACAGAUGGGUAGAGAUCUCAUAUUAAUAAGACUAAGAUAUUUGAUAGGUGCAUGGAAAAUUAGGUCUGAUGUUAAAUCUUUAUAGAACAUUUUGUUAUUACUUGUUAAAAUGAAUAAAAUGGUUUGAUUUAGUUAAUUUAUAUGAUUUAUAUGAUUUAUAUUUUUGUUAUCUCUUUUUUCAGUGAAAUACAAUCAUGGUUGGUAAAUCUCACCGAAGUUAGUUUCAACCCUUGGAAUCUACACCCCUUUCAAUAUUUAACAUGAAUAUAUCAAAAUCUAUAAACUUUAUAACUUUUUAUAUUUUAUUUGAAAAUCUGUAUUGUAAUUUGCAUUGCAGAUUAAAAUAAGUUCUACAUUUUGUAUAAUAGAAAAAGUUUUCCAUUUUGAUUUUAUAAAUAAACAGCCCCGGUUGACCUGGGGUCAUUUGCAUUUGGGGGAAAACGAGUCAUUGGACAUGGUGACAUGAAGAUUUUUGCUUUGUGACAUCAAAUUUUUCUGGGGAAAGAUCACAUUUUGUUAUGCUUGAGGGACUUUUAUUUUUAGCUCAUGUUUCUUUGAAUGCAAUAGUUAGAUAGGUUAAAUGUUGUGCCUUAAAAAACAGGCGACUUUAUAUUAAUAGGUUAAAUGCAAAUUGUUAUCCCUCUAAGACACAAUUAAAGUUUAUAUUUUAAUAAUUUUCAAUGCAUUUAUCAAUUUAUUGUUUUAUUGAACACUAAGGAAGCAAACUUUUUUUCUGUGUUUCUUGUUUCAACAUUGAUAGGUAAAGAGUGUUUUAAUUAGAACAAACUAAUAUUAACAAAUGGUAUUUGUUGUCUGUUUUAAAUCUUCUUCUGUGUCAGAUUUAUGAUUGAAUACAUAAAUAUGGAACAAGAUUAGAAUUUGAAAUAUUAAAAAGCUUUUAAUAACUUUAUUAAGGCAAUGAUAUUAGAUAUAGUUUAAUUGAUUGGUCAAAUAUUUAUGUGAAGAUACCCUUUACAGAAUCAAAUCCUGUUCAUUAGAAAAAUGACAGUUGUACUUCAUUUGCAUAGUUUUUUCAGAAAAAAAUUCCUAAUUAACAGCUUUUAGUCUAGUCAGAUUUUAAAAUUAUAAACAAAUUAUAUUAUGGUAUUUUGGUGCAUUUAUGUACAGUAAAAUAAUCAUUUUAACAAUUUCUUGCACACAGUUAUAUCAUAACUAUCCACCUUACAGACAGAUCUAUAUAUUACUUGUCUUUGCAACUUUUUUUUUAAUUGCUAAAAUUGAACUAGUUGUUUUUAGAAAUCCAAAAGAAAAGAUAUUGAUUUUAUACAGGCUGUUAAGUUCUAAAAAUAGAAUAUUUAGUUAUGAAUUCUUGUAUAUUUUUAGAUAUGUCAUCUUUGGUUCAAAUAUUAUUGCAAUAGAACAUUUAAUUUGGUUCUUAUAAAACAUAAUUAUAUUUGGGGUAUUAAAGUAUUUAAAGUUCUCUAAUAAGUGGUUAUUCCACUAAUGUGUUUAUUAGUUGUGAGUCAGUUUAAUUAUGAUGAAGUACACACGCAUUGUUAUACUAAAGUUUAUUUUUCUAUUGAUGAUUGCUUCUGUUUGUAUUUGAUGUGAGUGAAUUCUUUGAAAUUUGUGUAUUACUUUUUGUGUUCAUGCACUACACAUUUUAUGCCAUAAGGGUGUGUGAAUUGCAUAUUAUACAUGUAGGUAUACAUGCAUAUCACAUACUUUGUAUUUUUCAAAAAAGGAUGGCCAUGCAAUUUGAAUAUUUCUGAUAAUAUCCUUUGGUGAUUGCCACUGAAUGCACUAAUUUCUUUGACUUGUUAGGUUAAACAUGUUUACUAAAGACAAAUGUUUUGCUGAAAAUAUAUUUGAUUUUUUAUGAUUGAAAAUUAGAUAUUAUGUUAGUGAUAUUAUAAAAUUUGUAAGAUAUUUGAAAGGAAUAUCGAUUACAAAAUACAAGCACUUAUAAAGCAAAAAUCAAAAGAAAUUUGCUCAAUAAAUCCUGUUACUUUUUAAUUUCUUUCUCAUGGUUUUUUAUAUAGUCAUAUUUUAUUUGGAUAAUUUCUUAAUAUUUACAGAAUAUCUGUGAUUUAACUUUUCUUAAUCCAAAAUAAAAUAGUUAUGAAUCUAUAUAUGAGAUGUUGUUAGUACUUGAAGGAGAUAUUUGAGUGAAAAUGAUAUGUACAAUAAAUAAUUACUUUCU